GUGCCUCCAUAAAUUUAAUGUGCGUGCAUUUUAUUUAAUCGACACAAAAGACGAAAAUUUGCUGAAAAAAUGCAGUGAAAAAAGUACACUGCGUAAGUUAAUUGUGUUAUCUGUUCAUUAGGCGACAAUUGGGUUACACAUUGCUAAAGUUACGAUUUGGUGGGCUUAGUUUGCCGGGUGGGCACGCAUCGUCUGAUGUUUUUGGUAUUUAUAUUAUUUGAUGUCAAAAAGUAAAUAAAGAUUACUUUGAUUGCGCUUCAUUUGUUAAACGCACUUCUUUUGAGUGAGAGUUUGGGUCAAGUGAGAUAUGAUACUAUCACAUAUUUUCAACGUUUUUUACGUGAAGGACACACAUCAGACGAAUGUUUUAAUAAAACAUAUAUCGCCAAAACAUUAGCAUUGAAAAAUUAACCCGGAAAAUAUCGCGUUAGGAGUUCUACGAAAUUUCAGAACAUUAUUAAGAAUCGACGAAAAUGAUAAUCAGUGAUAUUGGCAAACUCGCGAAAUAUCCACGAGCUGUAUUUCGUUUUGUUUUCAUCAUUGCAAACAAUAUCUAUUGUAUUCCCACGUAUGUGGUGUGGAUGGUACUCCUUUUGCCAUUACGGCAGUGUCAUCCUAGACUCUACUAUAGAAUCGAGGGCAUUCUCUUUCACUGGCUCCUUGCUAUUGUUUCAAUGUGGUCAUACACUGCUGGCUAUGACAUAGUAGAACUGGGUGACAAUAUUACACCAUGUAAGAAUAAAAGGACACUCGUUUUGGCUAAUCAUCAAAGUACAGCAGAUGUGCCGCUUAUGAUGGCGGCAUUUAAUGCAAAAUCACAAAUUUUGCCUAACGUUAUGUGGAUUAUGGAUAGACUUUUCAAGUAUACAAAUUUUGGCAUCGUUAGUUUAAUACAUCAAGACUUCUUCAUUGCGUCUGGAAAAGCAAAUCGAGAAAAGUCGAUAGAUUUGCUAAAGCAGCAUUUAAUUGAAUCAUACAUUCCUAGGGAUCGUAAAUGGAUGGUUCUUUUUCCAGAAGGGGGAUUCCUCAGGAAACGCAGAGAAAUUAGUCAGCGAUAUGCACGUCACAAUAAUUUGCCUAUUCUAAAAAAUGUUACACUGCCUCGUGUUGGAGCCCUGAGAGCUAUAAUGGAUGUGUUUGAUGGUGAUAGUAAUAGGUGUGGAAACAACAACAGUGGAAUAAAAGCAUAUGUAAAUGGUGAUAUUACAAAUAGUAACAGCAAAGAAACUAAUCAAGAUACAUUAUGCAGCAAUUUAUCUUCAGAAAGCAAUUGCAAUAAAUAUUUGGAAUAUGUUUUGGAUGUAACGAUAGCAUAUCCAAAUGGUGAACCUCUUGAUCUCCCAAAUAUUAUCCAUGGACUGCGGGAUGAAUGUCAAACAUACUUCUACUAUAGAUUGUAUCAAUAUUCAGAGAUUCCAAAAGAGAAUGAAUCUCUCACAAAAUGGCUGUAUGAUCGUUUUGUUGAGAAGGAGACACUGCUCGAAAAUUUUUACAGAACAAAAAGCUUUACUGGAGUUGCCUCAAUGUGUGGUCCGACUGUAGUACACCAAGAUAUGAUUAGAUUUGUAAUAAUUAACCUAUUUUUCAUAACAUCAACAUAUUUUCACCUCCAAAUGUUUUACACAUUCAUCGACUACUAUCAAUUUUACGCUCAUAGUGCUGUAUAAAAGCGAUUAUUAUAUACAAAUUAAGAACUAUACUAUUAUGUUACGGUUAUAACAUGUAACGCUGUUUAUUUAAUAGUGCACCUUUAUGUAAGAAAUAAACCAAUAUAUUAUAUGACAUGUAAUGUAAUGUUGAAAGAAAAGAUUUCCACAGCAAAUAUCCUGACUCCUUUAGGGGGUACAUUUAGGUACAUAGAAGAAAUCAGGCUCUAGUCUUUAUCAUUAUAUAUUAUAUUUUUUGUUUUCUAAACAUGCUCUGGCUCAUCAUGAUGAUAAAUUUAUAUUAUAAAAGUUAGUUUCUAGAGCUUGAUUUACAGUCAAUAUAAUGCAUUCAGUAUGCAUAUUUCUUACAUAUGGGCAUACCUACCAGCUAUUUUAUAUUAAAUUGAUUGACAUUAAUAAAUAAAUCGUUAUUAAAACAAAUAUGUGUAUUGAAAUAAAAUCAUUGCAGAGUCGCUAAAACACAUAUAAAAACAAAACGAAGAAAAAAUAUUAAAGUUACAGAUUGUGAUAAAAAAUAUUAAAGGAGUUUAUUACCGAAUAAUAUUAAAAAGAAAAAGUCAAAAUAAUUUUUAAGUAAAGAAUAAAAAUAAAUAGUUGGUCACGUCUCUAAUGAGAAAUGGGUAUCAACUAAUAAUAAUCUAUGAAAGAUUACAAAGCACGUUAAAAUAAAAGAAAUGAGUCUUUUAGGAUGUAGGGGAUAAAAGUUUUUAUUUGCCAGAAUGCUAUGCAUGCACACAAUAUUCCUCCUGUGGUUUGAAUAAAUUGACUAUUAGAUUAAUGAGAAGAAUUCAAAAUUUGCGAAUUUUUAUCAAUAACACAAUAUUACUCUUAUCCAAAUAUGAAAAUUCCAAUUAUCGUAAAAACUAAAUACAUAUACCUACUAUUUGCAGGUGAAAAAAGAAAUAAAAUAUGUAUGUUCAAUGCAAUUUUUACUAUUAAUAAUAACAAAAAAUAGUAGUAAUAUUUUUUUUCUGCAUCACACAAAAAUAAUUCUAUAUACAUAGUAGUAUUUUACAUGGUAUUUAAAAUUUAACACAUUAAAAAAAUGCAAUUUUUGUCGUAGAAAUUUUUUUACAUUACAGUAAGGCUAUAAUAAAAAAAAAUGGAAGAAAAACAUUACCUAAUUAAAAUUAAAAGUUUCGACAGUUGACCGCCAAUAUAGGAGUGAUAAAAGUGUCCUAGUUUCACAAAGAAAUUUUUACACUAGAAAUAGGAAAAAAUAUGUACAUACAUAUUUAUACAAUAUUCCACGAGGAGCUAUUAUCCCACUGGAAAUAGUAUCAUAAGAUAUAUCAACGAUAACUUAAAUUAUAUCAUAAAGAAAUAAUAUUUAUUUUGUCUUAAAUAAUUCACAAGCAAUGAAAGGAAUAAGAGGUGGUUUGUGUGCACCGGUUGAUGUGCAUUUUUUUGUAUUUUUGAAAUUCAGAGUGAAAGUAAAAGAAUAAUUGGAAAUGUUACCGCCAAAGGAAAGUAAGUUUUCAUUAAAAAAAAAAAGAAAAAAAGUGUAA